GUAGGGGUCAGUCUGCGCGCGAAAGUGUCCAACGUUGUCCGUUCGACUACUUUGCUCGUCGGCUAGUUCGUAGGACUAUUCUUCCCAGGCAAUCGGCCCGAGUGAGAGGAAGAGGUGUUUUCUGUUUCCUACUCGUUACACUACCACAAGCCGAAACUUAUCGGCGGCUAUCCUGUUCGGGGAUUGCUGUCAGCGAGUUUUAUGUAAGCCCUUAGAUCUUAAAGAGUCUAUAUAAGCCGACGCUCUCGCUCAGGCAAUUCCUCAGUCAAAAUGCGUGCCGUUUCGUUGGUGGUGUUGUACGGCUUGUGUCUCAACGUUCCGGCUCAGAGCACUGCAAUUCUCUCCAGUUGCACCGGCGCGGUCACCGGCAGCGAUACCAAUCAAGCCAACGCAUCCAGUGUUCGACGACCGGUUACCAGUGGUUUAAAUUUUACCCACAACCAUACCGUGGCUGUCCCGAAACAUGUCUUUCAAAAAAACGUAUCCGACCUACUCGACGAAGACGAGGACGACGACGACUUGGUCGCGAACACGGGUCAGGAUUUCAAUCGCAUGUCACUCAGACCCAGUGCGCCCCAGAAUUGGAUUACACAGGUGAUAUCGACGUUGACACCGCUUCCGGAUAACCUUGGGAUCGCCUGCCAGAGGGACACGCAGACAUAUUUACAGGAACUGAGUAACUUCACCCACUGGGCCGUCAGGAUGAUGGACGCAAGCGCAAAGUUUCCCCACGGUAUUCUUAUGGGGAAUAUCCGCAGCAUGGGGGACUUCGACGAGUGUCUCUGGACGAAAACCGACCAGGAAAUUGAGCCGAAGUACUGUCUCGCCUCCGUUUAUAAUCUGGAUGUGAAGAACACGUAUCCGGUGUACGACAAGCUUCAGGAAAUCGUCCGAACGAUGACCAUCGGUCGAAUGAACAUGGAGACGUACGAAACGACCAUGGGAACAAUACCGAUGCAGAGGUCAGGACGAAUCGAGUGGGCCAUGUGCAUUCCGGCAACUUGUUCUCCGGUCGACGUUGAGAUAAUGCUGAACGCCGCCGGAAAGCGGAUCUUCCCCGAAUUGGAUAUCAGAGCGACGGUGCACUCGAAGGAUUGUUACACGAACUCGCAGCCACAGGGCUUCUCCUUGAGGGACAAGCUCAUUUUAUUAAGCAUGAUGGUCAUCGUCUCGUUGGUCGUCGUCGGGACGCUCCGGGACCAGAGUGACGGUAACAACAACGACAACCAGGACGAAGAAAAACCGUUAAGUGUGAAGAUACUAGACGCGUUCUCGUUGAAACGGUCUUGGAAAAAUCUCACCGACUUUUCGCCCAGUCGGUCCAGCAGACAGAUCGAAUGCCUGGACGGUUUACGAGGAAUUUCGUCGCUCUGGGUUGUCAUGGGCCACCAGGCUCUUCUGGCGUCCUCCAGUCCUUACUCGGACAAAGUGACUUUUUUCAAAACGCAACAGUACACCAUCCUCAUGAUUCUCUGGAAUUUCUUUUUACCCGUCGACACUUUUCUCGUCAUCGGCGGCCUCGUUCGGUGUUACAACCUGAUGCCAGGAUUGGAAAAGCGAACCGUAAAUCACUGGAAAAGUGCCAUUACAAGGUAUCUCAGACUGACGCCGGCACUCCUGGUCGUUAUCGGUCUGUACGUAUCAGUUAUGUACAGAAUAUCGAACGGACCGCUAUGGAAUCGGCACGUUGGCGAAAACAAGGUCGCUUGCGAAUGGAACUGGUGGAAGACCGUCUUCUACGUAAAUAAUUACAUAUACAACGAGCGUGAGGGAUAUCACUUGUGCCUGCUCCAAUCCUGGUACACGUCCGUGGACAUGCAGCUGUACCUGUUGGCCCCGUUGCUGAUAGUGCCGCUGUGGCGUAAUCCCAAGCUGGGCAUGACUCUCCUGAUAACAGUGGCUGGAAUCGCGACUGCAGUGGAAUACGCGACGAUUGUGUUGAACAAGUUACCGGGUCUACCGAUAACGAUGCACUCGGACGACAUUGCGAUUCUCACCUACGUACGAACUUUCUAUUUCGUUUCCCACACCAGAGCGAUGCCCUAUUUGAUCGGUAUUGCAACGGGGUAUCUAAUGCACCGGUACAAGAGCAUCACUAUGUCGAAGACGAUGCUGAGCACAGGCUGGCCAUUGGCGAUGCUUGGACUGUUUUGGCCUCUCUUCGGAUCUCUGGGUUAUCUGGCAGUCGAUUAUCCGCUUGGAUCUUGGAGACACGCGUACUUCGGAGCGUUUCACAAGACUGUUUGGGCCGUGGCCAUUUCCUGGAUAAUUGUCGCCUGUCAUAACGGCUACGGAGGACCGGUCAACGCGUUUCUUUCCAGCAGGGUAUUGAAGUUCCUCUCAAGAAUAUCGUAUUCCGUAUUUCUGCUUCACCUGGGAAUCCUCGUGUGCUUCACAGGAUACCUGAGAGUUCCGAAGCAUACAGAUUUUCCCUCAAUAAUGAAGGAGAUGGUCGGUGAACUGAGCGUCGUUAUCAUCCUGUCGAUCAUCCUUCAUCUCAGCGUCGAGGCGCCGUUCGCGGAACUGUCUCAAAUAGUAUUCAGAAAAACCAAGCGGGAAGUGAAGAAGUUAAAGUAGCUUUCGACUAACGUUAUUACCCGAUGUCGAUGUCGCUCGUAGAAUCGCGUCGUUUACCCAAAGUGCCGCUAUCAUAACGGGGCAUUUAUUGUUAUCGAUAUUUAUAUAAGUACCACUCGGCAACAUUCGAGCUGGGAAAAAGACAAAUGAGUGAAUUAUGUUGUUGUAUAUAUGUUGUAUAUUGUACGUAGGUAUUUAUUUUUACGAAUGGCGCUAAGCUGAGACGCCUGCGACGUUCACUUGAGUAGCCUGUAUAAAUAAAACGAAUAUUCUUCAUGUUAUAUAAUAUAA